AAGAAGCACUCCACCCGGAAGGAUUUAGCUAUUUCAGCUGGGAAGAAGUUCAAAGUUUAUUUCUCUAGAGCUAUGAGUACUUCUUUUGACUCUUGGUUUGACGAAAAUGCCCAUUGGGAGGACGAAUGUGGCGUACUCACAACGUUCAGAAGAGCCGUACGGCUACUUGGUGGCGUCUAGCGCCGGACAAGCAGGCUCUACUGGUGGCCGUCCAGGAUACUAUGAAAAUGAUGACACACGAACACCCUACAACACACCAGCCCCUGAACUAAGUGGGAGGAAGUACAGUUUCAGCGCCUAUUCACCUGUGCCUGAAGUCAGCGAGCCAAGUGACGGUUCAGCCACACCUUCGCCUGAGGGUAGGUCACAACCCUAUGCUCAGUCCGAAGUUUUAUAUGACUGUGAGUUUCCUCCACUGGAUUCUACAAUGAGUGACAAGCGUUCUAGCCCUUCGAAGAUCCCCAAGCCAAAGCCUGGAUCUCACGGCAAGGCCCCAGGGAAAGAUCAGAAACCUGGGCGUAUUCCACGGUCAAAUAAAACAACCAAACCAUCGAGGGAACGCUCGCCACCUGCUGGUCGUGCGGCUCAAUCUGAAAAGAGAAAUGCAUCCAAGAAAACCGAUUCAAUGCCAGUCAGCACCAGCAUCAGUAACACAUCGCGCACCCUGGGUGACUUUAGCGAUGGUGAUAGUGAUGUACAAAGUCAAAUAUCUGACUACAGCCAGACAGGAAUGGAUUACUUUGCAGGUGAUAAAGUGCAUCAUUCCAAAUCUGAAGUAUCACCCAGCCUCUAUGACUCUGGUAUCACAAGUGCAGAGGCCAGCAUCAGGACAGUGGUGGGCUCGAACGAAAGACCAGACCCUGCUGGUAGCAACCCCUUGAAAGGUUUGAGCAAUCCAGCCCUGGCGUCUGCUCGACUGCCCUCGCCAGCACAUCCUUAUUCAUCACCACAAGCUGCACGAAGAGGCCUAACAAGUUCUUAUAGCGAUUCAAAGAUUGGCAUGGCGAAUAACUCUGAUGGUUUUGCCGGUAAUCCUCAAACUGCCAGUCUCAUGUCAACAAGUGGUGCAGCUAUUGUCAAAGCCGAGAGGGAUGUUCUUGAGCGGCAAAUGAGCAGAGCAAGAGCGCAGAUUGCUGAACUUCAAGCGGAGAAGAAGAUGCUGAGUGAUAAGCUUUCCAAAAUGCCAGCAACUAUUGAGUCGCUCGAGUCACAGCUCAAGGCUGCCGUGCACACGGCUGACAAGACGAAACAAGAGAAAGGCCUUGCUGUAGCCCAGAAAGAAAGGCAGAUCAUAUCCGAGAAAGACUGGGAAGUUGAAGAGGCACAGCGGCAGAAACGGGAGGUGGAGAGGGAAAGAGACACUCUGAAGGCAGAGAUUGAAGCUUUAGAAGCUUCGUUGGAAGUUACACGCAAGGAGGUUGUUGCAGCUCGUUCAGAAGUCUCUGGAGAAGAGAAAAGAAAGCAACGCAGCUAUGAAGGAGAAGUGUCAGCUCUGAAGAGUGAGCUUCAGGUCGUGAAGGGCCUUCUACGGGACAGUGAAGAGGCGCGGAAGCAUGACCAGCAUGUCAUACAGAACAAGGCUGCAGAGAUGGUCAAAGCACAGCAAGCUGCAAAUGACCUCAACCGUCAAAUUGUGUCCUUGAAGUCGACAACAACUCAGGUUGAUCACUCAGGAAGGCCUAUUGAUGUGACCGGACUUCAGUCUGAACUGGAGAAGUACAAGAACCUGCUGGAGGCAAUGAAGGAUGAGAAAACAAGUGCCAUGGCUGACCUUGAAGAAACGCACAUUCGCACAACUUUAGAAGCGCAGGUGUCUCACAAGCAGGAGUUGCGUAAGAUGCGUGCAGAGUCGGACCGCAUGCAAGAUGUGAUAAGGAAGCAUGAGGAUGAUAUCCACAAGCUAUCCAACGACCUAAACGAGAGCAAACUCGCCCAGGGACCAAAUGCCAGUGAAGAAGUGGAAAGGAGUUUCUCACCGUCGAAGAGCUCAUCUAAGGCGUCAGCACGCCAAGGAUCCGCAAUGCAGUACAGUUUCGGCAGAUGGACUGCUCAUAGAGCUGACUCUAGAAAGCAUGUUGAAGAGAUGCGUAUCAUCAUUGAAGCAUUGGAGCGCGAAGGCUUUGGUCCAACACAAGCUACUGCAGAUGAGGUGAUUCGUCACUUGUGGUGGAAGAAAGAGACAGCAUCGGAGCAGUUUGUUGCAGCUGACAGUGCAUUGAAGAGCAUGCCCGGCGGCGAUCCGCGACAGGCAAUUGAGAAAUGGGCAGCCGAGAAGAAAGACCUUACACACCAGCUGGAAACUGCACGAGAAGCCACAACGACUAAAAUCCAGGAGAUGCAAGUGCUGGAAGGCACUAUGAAGAAAGAAAUACAACAGUUGGUCCUUGACAAGCAGAAAUCCGUGUCUACAGCUGAUGUAGCCAAGCGACAAGCAGCUAGUGCUGAGAAAGAGGUGUCUGAACUGCGUCAAAGGAUCAGUGCUUUGCAGGGAAGCUUGAUGGACGCUGAAAAGGCGAUCACAUCAGAAAAGGGCCAAACUAAUGAAAUCCAGGAAAACUUACGCAAACUGAACAGUGACAUGCAAGAAGAGCAUCGCACCAGUGCAUUGCUACAGGCUGAGAUCAAAACGCUGCAAUCCGAAAUACAGCAGAAGGACAAGGCACUGGCUGCUGGCUCUCGUGAUCGUGAAGCCGCAAUGCAAAAACUAACGGAUGCUGGUCAGACCGUGGAGCAGGGGACGCAGAAUCUGGCUGCUGCAAAAGCAAAGAUCCAGCAUUUGGAAAGUGAAAUGAACCUGUACAGACAACAGCUGAAUUCAGCGCAGAGUUCAAGGGAUUCCAUGCAGGCUCUUCUUGAUGAAGCCAAAGUGCGCUCACAGAGUCAACAGAGCGCACUAGAGCGAGAACAACACCAGGUGCAAAUGUUAAAAACGGAAGUGUCCGUCCUUGAAGAGCAUUUCUCGUCACUGCGCCGUGACCUGGAGAAAGAGCGUUCACAUGCUGAUGAGCUCAAUGGUGACCUGGAGUCAAGUCGUGCUGCGAUUGCUGCUUUGGAGAGAAGUGUUCAAGAUCUUGAAUCACAGAACAACAAACUUCGAUCCGAGCUCAACGAUAAGGUUCUUGAACUUGGCAAAUCAAGCAGUGCCAACCGCUCGAUCAAUUACCAGCUGGGAACAACAAGAGAGGACUUGGCAGAAGCUCAGGCCAAGUCUCAGCAGUUGAACAUGGACUUAGGACAGGUCAGAGCACAGUUGGAUGUUGCAAAGGCUACCAUAACACGUCUGGAGCUGGAAAAGAAUAACGUGGAAUCAUCUCUCAACGUGGCACAGGCAUCCGUUCAGGACAGGGGACAUCACGUCGAACAACUAAAGCAGGAGGAGCAGACAAUCAAGUCUGAACUUGCAGGCCGGCAACAUGAGCUGGAACUAGCUAAGGCGGAGAGCAAGAGGCUGGUCGAGCAAGUUCAAGCCUCCAAGGAUCACCUCCGAGCUGAGCAGCACACUUUGGAAGAGAAGCAGCAGCACUUGCAACAGCUCGGCCAGUCGCUUGCAGAAGAGCAGGAAAAAUGCAAGCAGCUUGAAGCAUCUAACCAGCGUGUGAACAAACAACUGGAAUCGACUAUGCAGACAUUGCACAGUGAGAAAGAGAAAAGUGCCGAGUGGCGUGGCGAGGCGGAGACCUAUCAGGCGUAUUCUGGUCAACUGCAGGAAGAAAUAGCUAAGCUGCAACAGCAGUGUGACACAUUGUCUAAAGAUCUGGAUUCCAGUAUGCAGCGUGCCAAGUCUGAUUCGGAGCAAAUGACGAGCAAAAUCCAGCAGCUGCAAGUGGCAAAGACCAGACUGGACAGCGAUGUUGCUACUGCUCUAUCCACAAUCGAUAUGGGAAACACGGAGAAAUUUUCACUGCAGAAGACUGUUGAUGAUCUCCAGCGGCUGUACGAGGAAGAAAAGACGCUCAGGUCUGGGGAAGAGACCACUUUCCAGGUCCAACUAAAGCAGAAGGAAAAGAAAACAGCUGAAUUGAAGAAACAGAUCCAGCAGCUGCAGGUGGAUACUGACAAGUUAAGGUCUGAGAACAAGUUCAUCAAGUCACAGUCAUCUCGUGAUGGAAUUGCACACGAGCAAGAAUUGAGAGAGGUCCUGACCCGCCUGGAGACGGAAGCUGUCAAGACGGAUGAAAUGCACAAAGCACAAGUCGAUGUUUUGUCUGCGAAUGAGCAGAAAGCACAGGAGAGAUGCAAAGUGCUUUGCCAGGAACUGGAGUCGAGUGAAACCCAGGUUAAUCACAUCAUGCAAGAACUGGCAGCAACCAAAACUAUGUCAAGAGAACUGUUUGAGGAGAAAUCUGUCCUGGGUCGUCAGCUGGAGGAGACAAGGCAUGAGCUUGACAAGGCAAGAGAAGAGCAAAUGCAGUUGGUUCGUGACAGCGGGCUGCAACAAAGUGAACACACUGAACAGCUCAAGGGCUUAGCGAGUCAGCAUGAGGAAACACUGAAGGAGCUUACUGCAGCUCAUCAAGUAUCUCAGUUCAUGGCGCAGGAGAACAGCAAGCUCCAGCAGCAGGUUGAUUUUAUCCAGGAUUCACUGAACGAAACGCGGUCUGCAACUGACAAGAUGCGUGAGAGACAUAACAGUGAAAUGGAAGAAAUCAAUAAGAAGCUGCAGUCUUCUACAAUGUCUGAAGCUAAGGUUCAUGGCGAUAUGCAGCAGCUACGCAAGGAACACGAAGCACAGCUGGCAUCUUUGCGCAACAAGACCAGUGGUCUAGAGGCUGAAGUAUCGCGCCUCAGUACCAAUAACCGCCUACUGGAAACGGAGUGCAGUUCGUUGAAGAACCGGCUGAACAUGGCCACAGAGGAUCUGGAAGCGUCACUGGAGGCCAACACGGCUUUGAACAAGAGCCUGCAGAUGGAAUCCGAGUCACAAACAAGAAUGGAGGCGGCGCUCAAAGAAGAGAUUGCGAAACAGCAGCAAGUUGGAUAUCGUCUGUCUCAGCAACUGGCUAACACGGAGACUGCAAAAUCAGCCCUCCAGCAGAACUAUGACGACAUCAAAGCUAAGCUUGAGUAUUCAACAAAGAAGGUUCAAGAUAUGCAGAAGAAAUCAAGCGACCAGAGGGCAUCGUUUGAGGAGCUACACGAGGAGAAGCGCCACAUGGACAUGGCCAAUGCGCGCGUGGAAGGUGAACUGGCUGCAGUGAAAGAUGCGUAUGACGAACAAAAGAAGGAUAACCAAGGGCUCAAGCAGCGCCUCAAAGACUCAGCAGAUGAGCUUGACCGCAAGCAUGAUGAAUCACUUGCAGCCCAAAAGCGGUUCAACACCUUGCUGACAUCUCUACAUUCAGACUUUGGCAAGGACAAAGCUGCAUUAACUGCUGACCGAGAUAGCCUGCAAGAGCAAGUCGACAAGAUGAGUUUGGACCUUGACAACCUGAGGAAGAUGGCUCAGGAACGUGAUAGAGAAUUGUGCCGAGCACAAGAGGACAUCACAGAUGCGGCAAAGAAAUCGUCAAGCAUUAUGUCUUCACUGGAGUCUGAAAUGAAAUUAAGGUCCGGUCUUCAACAGGAAGUAGCCAGGCUCGAGGAAGACAAGCGUGUUGGAGAGAACCGAAUCGAAGGCCUUGAACAGAAAAUGAAAUCAGGACUAGAACAGCGAGAAAGGUUACAGAGCCAGCUAGAUUCUGCCCAUCGCUCGUGCCAUACCCUGAGGGAUCAGCUCCAGCAGAAUCGAGAAUCUGGUGCUGAGAAUGUUGCGCGUCUCAAGCAACAGAACACAUCCAUGGAGAAGAGGCUGGCUGAUGAAAUCCAGCAGCUUCAUGACCAGCUUUCUCAGACACGGGGCACUCUGUCAAAGACGAAAGCCAGCCUUGAAGCCGUCGGCACUGCAAGAGACAGGGCAUCAGAAGAGCUCGUACAAAUGAGCGACUGCAUCUCUAAAUUGCAGCAGCAGCUGAAUGAGGAGAAUACAGGUCGGCUGGUUGCAGAGCAGGAAAUUCAGCAUCUCCAGUACCGCCUAAAGGAUGACAAAAAUCUCCAGGCUAAGAGUGAAAAGAAGCUCAAACAGCUUCAAAAGACCUUGCUGCAACUUGAAGGAAACAUGGACACCGAGCGAAGAGAUCGUGAAAUGGUCGAAGAGGAGAAAGAAGCCUUGGCGGCAUCGGUACAUGCAGAGCAAACAAGAUGCCAAUCUCUGAAGGAGCAAGUUGAAAGUCUCCAGGCUCAGCUAGUUGCAGCGAGCGAGAGAUUAGAAGAGGAGGGAAAGCGAGUGGAGAGCAAGUCAAAGCUAGCUGCUCAUGAACUUUCCUCACAGAGAGUUCAAUUCCAAGUCGACAAUCAAAAACUUCAAAGCACUGUUGAUGAUCUGAGUCUCCAACUUGACCGCUUAAAGGACAAGGUUGAAAGGAAAUCCGAGGAGAUAGCAGCUCUCACCAGUGCUAAGUAUGAUGCAGAGCAACAGCUUAGGCGUGCCCAACACAGCCUGACUGACAACCAGCAGUUGCUGGCCAAGAAGUGUGAACGGGAAGAGAAACUCUCCUCAAAAUCAACUGAGCUUGAGAUUGAGACAGGACAGCUCAAAACUCAGAUUGAAACAUUGAAGAGAAAUGAGGACGACAUCAAGGAUUACAAGAAGCGGCUGGAAGGAAAUUCUAGAGCUGAAAUGCACCGAGUACUAGCCGAAGUCAGCCGCCACAUGGAACAGCAACACGUCGCUCAUCGAAACUUGGACAAAAUGCGGGCAGAGAAUGAGCAGGUCCUGAAGGAUGAAAGCCACCGAAAGAAAUCUGAGCUACACGAGAUGCUGUCGAGUUCGCAUGCUGAACUUGACCAACUGAAGAUCAAGCACAAAUCACUAAAAGCCGAGUAUGAACAACUGAGGCAGCUGCGCAAGGAUGAUCAGAGGGCACGUCGCAGGCUCGAAUCUCGUCUGGACAGAGUCAACGACACGCUGUCUCAGACUCAGUCGUCCCUUGGCAGUUCGUUUACCGAUCGAAGCUUUUUGGGAGGUGCAUCGAUGCUUGGAAAGUCUGCUGGACCCGACCCGCUGCUCAGCUCCACUCCACAUAAGCCACUCAAGUAGAGGGGCGGCUUCAUGAUCGAUUCAUGAUCCUAGUCGGAACUCCUCACGACUUAGCAUAUCCAAGGUGCACGCAGCUAUGAAAUAUGCUCUUCAUGGAUGAGGCAAUGAACCUCCUCGCUCGCAUCUCAUGUGUCAUUGCUCAUAUGGUUGCUAUGCCUACUUAGCACUUUUUUUUGUAGCCAGCACAAUUUCAGUGGAAAAUCACCAAACUUCUUAUCUUUCGGAUGUCAAAAAUGCCAAAAAAAUCCAAAAAUAGAAAAUUUCCAAAAAUUUAUCCGCAGUCCUAUUUAUGAACACCGUAUUUGGCCAAUAUGAGUGUUUAAUUUUUUUGUGCCCAAAGAAAAAAAACACUGAAAAUGUGCAUAAUACCAUAUGCUGGACAUUCUUUUUACUUGCUUGCAGGAUACCUAUUCAGAUGUCGGAAAUAUUUGUGAUAAGGAGAUGAAUCACAUCAUUGUGAGAUCAGAUCGAAACAUUGUUUCAUUCGUAUACUUUUGUUCAAAGAUGCGUUUGUACUGUAUGUUAUUUAUUUAUUCACUGCUUUGAACAAUGUUGCUUCCAUGGCAACAUGCUCUAGUAGUAGUGGUCCGUUGAUCAUACAUUAUUCUUACGUGCUCGUACUUUCUACAGCACGUUGAUCAUACAUUAUUCUUACGUGCUCGUACUCUCUACAGCACGUUGAUCAUACAUUAUUCUUACGUACUCGUACUUUCUACAGCAGUGUUGUGUUGUACGUACAUGCAAGUCGUGACAACAGUC